AUGACAAAUAUAUUAAAAACUAAAAAAUCAGCUGCUAUUAUUAAAGAAAGGAACCAGAGAUUAAGAGUACUUUCAACACAACCCAAAAAGAUGGUAGCUGCUGACAUACCAAUUAAAAAGGAGAAAAAGGUAUCUCCAACAUCAGAAACAUCUGCAUCCUCUCGUGAAGUUCCAAAAGGUUUCGACAUGAUGGAAUGUUUUACAAAAAAAAAAAAUCACCUUAGUAAAUCGGAUGUGGGCAAAUGUGCUAAAAUCGGUUCCCAAUAUUAUCUCAUUGUCAACGAGUACUGGCUCGGGUUAUUAGCAGACCACCUGGCUUCCAUGAAAAAGGGCUCCUCCUACCUAGGUCCAUAUCACACUUACCUCUCAGAGUGCAAGAUCAUAUGCUGUGGCAUUUUCAGAGACCCCAACCAAUCAAUCUUCCCCGCCUAUCCACGCGUCAUGGCUGAAUGCGUUCGUCGAUGCAUCCUAUCCCUCCAUCCAGAACGUUGCCUUCGAAGAUCUAUCCCAAUGUAUGUCUCUUACCCUGAAAUGGGGAGGGUUUGCCUCGAUGUAUCCUAUUUAAUGAAGAGAUGCCAGCUGCCAACACCCGAACAUUCAGAUGCAAUUGAUGAUCCUCUUUCGGGCAUUUGCCACGAAAGAAGGAGUGACAUUGACAUAGCCAGAGCCAUGGCAAACCAAAUGAAUUCGGGUCAAGAGGGUGAAGAGGAGGAGGAGGAGGAGGAGGAGGAAGAGGAAGAGGAAGAUGAAGAAGAAGAGGAGGAGGAGGACGAAGAGGAGGAAAAGGAAAAACCUCAACCCAAGAAUGAAAAUAAUCCACUCCUUCAAAUGCAACAACAAUUCCUUCAAAUGCAACAACAAAUUGCCCAACUCACAACUAAUCUGAAUCACCAACUUCAAAUUAAUCAACAACAACUCCACCAAUUUAAUCUACAACCUCAACAACAACCUCAACAACAACAACAACAACAUGCUGACCAACAUCAAUAUAAUCAAUUCAGCCAAAUGCCAAUGACUUGGUGA